CACAACUCUCCUUCUCUUUCUCUCCCUUUGUUCCAUAGUCUCUCGGAGCCUUUUUUUAACAAACGUAUCUAUGGCUGUUGAAGCUCCCCACAUGAACAUUUUCUCUCCUCAGUUGUUAUCAAACAGAGAUUGUGUUAACUACAAACAAGACAUGAACCACGGUGAGUUUUUCACCGGAGAAACUCUCCCCGUGGAUCCUUACGCAGCUGCUAAAGCUAGCUUUAACAAAACAGAAAGUGGUCUCACAUACAAUUUCAACUCAUCAAACGUUAUUCCACCGUCCACAAAACGUCCGCGAGAAUCUCAAUACCUUGACUCAGACGCCCAUUACGCGUCUGCGUUCAAACGGAGGUGGUCCAAGGCGUUUGGUUCACCAUCAUCACUGAUAAACGCUGAACUAGUCUCGCAUAUCCAAAACCAACAACAGUUGGAGAUUGAUCAGUUCGUAGCUCAGCAAACAGAGAAGCUUAGGAUAGAGAUUGAAUCUCGUCAGCGAACUCAAACGCGGAUGUUAGCGUCUGCGGUUCAAAACGCGAUAGCCAAGAAGUUAAAAGAGAAAGACGACGAGAUCGUACGGAUGAGAAACAUUAAUUAUGUUUUACAAGAGCGGGUUAAGAAUCUUUACGUUGAGAAUCAAAUAUGGCGAGAUAUAGCUCAGACCAACGAAGCACAAGCUAACAAUCUUCGGACAAACCUAGACCAAGUUCUUGCUCAAAUCAAGACGGUACCAAACGCUGUAGAAAACGACGUGGAGUCGAGCUGCGGAAGUUGCGAAGAAGGUGGUGAAGGUAUUACAGCGGUUAGUGGCGGUUGCAAGCGGUGCGGUGAGAGAGAAGCGAGUGUGUUGGUGUUACCUUGUCGUCAUUUGUGUUUGUGUACGGUUUGUGGUUCGGCUUUGUUGCGAACUUGUCCGGUUUGUGAUUCGGUCAUGAACGCUAGUGUACAUGUUAACAUGUCGUCUUAAUUUGUUUUUCUUCUUUUUUAGUUGUAUUAAAUUCGUAUUUUGUUUCUCUAGAAAGUUUAGCUAUAUAAUUCUUUUAUUUUUGUAAGUACAGUUUUUUUUUGUAAAGGGGAAUUCUUGAUUUUAUAUCUUACGACUUCGAU